AUGCUCGCCCUGGAGGACCUCGCCAUUCUGUGCAUGUCAUGCAGCGUCUCCUACUGCAGCUGGUACUUCUCCCAUGGCCCGCUCCGUCGCUGGGCCCGCAACACGCCCCAUGGCCCGCGACUCUUGCUGAUCUACGGCAGCUUUCUCGUGAGCAUCGCCUCGAAACAACUGUGGUCGAACUACAUGGCUGACCAGCGGCUCCCGCUGGUUCUCCGAGCCUACCGUCUCCAGCAGCAGACUGCGCUGGGCAAUACGUCGACCCCUUUGAACGUCACCGAGGCGCUGAUCGCCCUGGGUGACGUGGAGAUGCUCAUCGGGAACCCGGAGCUGGCGGCGUGGCUGCUCAAUCCGUGGUCCUUGCUGGUGAUGAAUAUUCUGUGGGUCAAUCUCUUGAUUGCGGGGUUUUUCGCUCUGGAACUGGCGCUGACGGUUAUCUGGCUUCCCGGUGUUGCCGACGAUGAGUAG